AUGGCUUCCUCAGUUUACACCAAAGAGCAACUUAACUACUUCAGAAUUUGUCAUGUAGUCACUAAUAUCCUGCCACAAGGGCUGCGAUCCAUUUUUAAACAAGAGUGGGACAGUCGUUACCAGGCAACGUUAGGAGAAUGGAAAGAUACACCUCAAAAUGGAAUGGACUUCUACAACAAGGAGUCUCCCCGGAGCCGAACGCGAAAUGCUCGUCCGCUGGAAAGGAUAAAAAAUAGAAAGAGGGAACAGUGGGAUUGCACUACACUCUUCUUUGCAAUCCUUUACUCCGAUUCCAUUAGCCACGGACUCGGUGCAGCAGUUCGCUCGAAUGUCGAUGAUCUGAGAGAGUUUCGCAAUGAAGAGUUCGCUCACAUGCCACAGGGUCAGCUGUCAGAUUUACAGUUCAGACUUGCUGUUCAAAAAGUGAAGAUCGCGUUUCAGUGUCUUGGUCUCUCAACCAAUGAUAUUCAAAAUAUCUGCGAGCAGAAAAGUUUUCCGACGAAGGAUAAUAAGGUCCUUCAACAACAGCAUCAAGUCCUCGAAGAACAGCACCAUAUCCUUGAGGAACAGUUACAUAAUGAUGUUUCUUCAUUCUGCAUUCUUCCGCCUAAACCAUCGCACGAAAUCGCACCUCGCGAGAGCGAGGUUGACAAAAUAGCAAAAGAACUUGAACGACUGAGAGAAGCAAAUGAAAAUGGUUUGAGUUACUUAUAUAUUUCGGGUAACCCUGGAAGUGGCAAAUCUCAACUAGCCGGUCUGGUAGCUCAACACUUUUACGAAACAGCUAACAAAGACCCCAAAACCCCCACAUUCGUAAUGACUCUUAACGCUGAAAGUUCAAAAACGCUCCUGGAAUCGUACGCUUCUUUGGGAAGACAAAUCAAGUGCCCUGAAUACACUAUCAUGCAAACCCUUAACUCAACAGAUAUGCAGUUUGAAGAACAAAUCAACAAUCUAAAGGAUUUGAUAGCAACCAAAAUUCCUCUUUACGGAUCGUGGCUCUUGGUGGUCGACAAUGUUAGCUGUUUAUGUGAUGUACAUGAUUUUCUCCCUCGGCCUGGAAACCACCUGUGGACGAAAGGCCAGCUACUUAUCACAACACAGAACUCUGCAUUAAUCCCCUCUGAAAGCUCAUUUGUCUCUCACAUCUCAGUGAGCGGAGGCAUGGUUCCCACAGAUGCCCGUUGCUUUUUAGCGAAGGUUUCUGGUAUUAGACAACAAGGAAUGGAGGAUAAAAUCGCGAAAGCAUUAGAUUACCAACCCCUCGCGCUGGCUAGUGCAGGCGUUUACAUGAAAAAGGUUCGUGAAAGUAAAGUUGCCAGAAGCUUUGGAUGGAAGGAGUACUUAGAAAAGCUAGAAAGAGGUAUGCGAGCCCUUACUGAAAAGGAACUAACAAAAACCAACCCAAGCUACAGGAAAUCCAUGACUGUCGCAACCAAGCUGGCCAUUGAAAGAGCGAUUAACAGUGACAGUGUUGUUAAAAGCGCGUUUACACUCCUUUCCCUUUGUCCUCCACAACCUUUGCAUUUAGACAUCCUUAUAAACUACAUUUUGAAUGAUAAAAAUCCGCAUUUGGAUAGAGAAGAAAUCGCUCUUCAGAUCCAAGGCUAUUCUCUUCUUAUGAUCGAUGAGAGAGAAAGUGGAAGUUUUGUUAGUGUGCAUCAAGUUGUGCAUGAAGUCAGUAAAUCUGUAAUCAAUGAGUGUCAGAAGAAUGAUGAACACGUUCGAAGUGUUGCACUAACUGCAAUGUCCUUCAACCAAUUCAUAGACAUUCAUCUACCACACACUUGGAAUGAGGUUAACUCUAUUCGUGAUAGUGAGCAUCUCAUUCCACACUUGAAUACGUUCGCUGCAGAAGUUGAAAAGGUCUUUCCCCACGAAGAUAAAUAUCAAGUUACCGAAGAAGACGUUUUCAACUAUUCCAAUAUAUCACAAUGUGUCAAAAGGCUUGCAAUUAUUUGCAUGAAUCACCGUGAAUUUUCAAGUGCAAAAGUUUACUGUGAAACAGCUUUGAAACUGGUUUAAAAGGAUGAGCAAAGAGGCAAUUGUGAGUAUCCGAGAGACGUUGAGUUAAAAGAAUGUGGACCCACAGAUGAUGCCCUCGUGAAAAUUUGCAAUUUGCUGGGUCUGGUUCAGCGUAGAUUAGGUGACUUAAAAAGUUCCAUGGAGAAUCAUAAACGUGCUCUAGACAUUCAGCUAAAAAAUCUUGAACCCCAGCACGUUGAUGUAGCAAACUCAUACCAUCAUUUAGGUAAUGUACAGCACGACUCGGGUAACCUGAAACAGGCCAUGGAGUAUUAUGAACAUUCUUUGGAAAUCCAGCUGGAGAAUCUUGGUCAUGAUCAUAUUUAUGUGGCGUUUUCAUUGGCUAAUAUGGGUGUAGUGGAAAGAAAAGUGGGAAACCUGCAAAAAGCUAAGGACCAUUUUGAAUGUGCUUUGGACAUUAGGUUGAAAAAGCUUGGACCCGAGCAUGUUGAUGUUGCGAAUACUUACUAUAGAUUGGGUGAUGUACAGCGUGAAUUGGGUGACCUGCAUAAGUCCAAGGAGUAUUUUGAGCGAGCUUUAGACAUUCGGUUGAAAAGGCUUGGAUCCGAGCAUGUUGAUGUUGCGAAUACGUACUAUAGAUUGGGUGAUGUUCAGCGUAAAUUGGGUGACCUGCAUAAGUCCAAGGAGUAUUUUGAGCGAGCUUUAGACAUUCAGUUGAAAAGGCUUGGACCCGAGCAUGUUGUUGUUGCGAAUACCUACUUUAGAUUGGGUGAUGUCCAGCGUGAAUUGGGUGUCCUGAAAAAAUCUAAGGAGUGUUUUGAGCGAGUUCUAGACAUUCGGUUGAAAAAGCUUGGUCCCGAGCAUGUUGAUGUCGCUCUGAGUUACUUCAAGUUGGGAAACGUUGAACGCGAAUUGUGCAACCUUGUGCAGGCCAAAGAACAUUUAGAAUGUGCUCUACACAUUCGAAUGAAAGAACUUGGUCCAACAGCCUAUGCCCUUGUGGCUAUUUACAAUUUACUAGGUCUGGUUCAGCGUCAGUUAGGAAAUUUUAAAAAUUCCAAGGAGAAUCAUGAACGUGCUCUAGACAUUCAGCUAAAAGAUCUUGGACCCCAGCACGUUGAUGUGGCAAACUCCUACCAUCAUCUAGGUAAUAUACAGCACGACUCGGGUAACCUGAAACAGGCCAUGGAGUAUUAUGAACGUGCUUUGGAAAUCCAGCAGAAGAAUCUUGGUCAUGAUCACAUUUAUUUGGCGUUUUCGUGGUUUAACAUGGGUGUGGUGGAAAGUAAAGUGGGAAACCUGCAAAAAGCUAAGGACCAUAUUGAAUGUGCUUUGAACAUUAGGUUGAAAAAGCUUGGACCCGAGCAUGUUGAUGUUGCGAAUACUUACUAUAGAUUAGGUGAUGUACAGCGUAAAUUGGGUUUCCGGAAAAAGUCCAGGGAGUGUUUUGAACGAGCUCUAGACAUUCGGUUGAAAAAGCUUGGACCCAAGCAUGUUGAUGUCGCCCAUAAUUACUUUAAAUUGGGAAAUGUAGAACGUGAAUUGUGUAACUUUCAGAAGGCUAAGGAACAUUUGGAGUGUGCUUUAGACAUUCAGUUGAAAAAACUUGGUCCUGAGCACCUUGAAGUCGUGCACACUUACCAUAACUUAGGCAUGGUGCAUCGUGAAUUGAAUAAUCUGGGACAGGCCAAGAAAUAUCACCAACAAGCAUUGGCUAUACGCCUGAAAAAUCUUGAACCCGAACAUGUUGAUUUGGCGAGUUCUUAUCACCAUUUAGGUAAUGUGCAAUUUGUGUUCAAUAACAUGCAACAGGCCAAAGAGCUCUACGAACGUGCUUUAGACAUCCAAUUGAAGAAUCUCGAACCUGAUCAUACUUUUGUGGCAUUUUCCUACCAAAGUUUGGGUGAUGUACACCGUGAAUUUGGCGACCUGGAACAGGCCAAGGAGUACUAUAAACGUGCCUUAAACAUUCGACUGAGAAAACUUGGUCCCCAGCAUGUUGAUGUGAAACGUAAGCAGAAUCAGUUGCGUAACGUACAGCUUGCCUUGGAUGACAUGCAACACGGCACGGAACGUUAA